AUGUCCUUCCUCCGCAGCCGGUCAUCUCGCGUAGAUCGCCUAACGGUGCCAGGUGGGCUGGCACAGCCAAAGCCGUUCGAACCAUCCGAGGAGCUACCUCGCAAGAACAUUCGGCGAACGCGUACUCGAUCGCGGUCCAGGAAAUUGCAUAUUGAAUCCAGCGAAGAUGAAAGCACUUCUAGCAUCGAUAGGGUGCUGGAACGCCGCCUGCGCCGAGGAAGACCCCGCCAAGAGGACGACAUGCGGCAUCUUAAAAUAGGUCGAGAUCGAAGCCGACCAGACAAAGCCUCAAACGUUGUCUACAGUCUUCUUCAAAACACAUCCGUUUCCCAGCAAGAAGCGCUUAGACGUCAACGUGAAAUACCCUACUACUCAGGGUCCGAAAGCGACAAGGACCGAGAAGAAUCGAAGGAGAGAAAGUCGACCAGGGCCACUUCACGUGGCCCGCCGAAGGGAGACGCGGGUUCAGGAACCGGAAGUGACACCGUCGUUCGUUCACAUCCCGGCCUCGACGGACAAAAAACACACCAAGAGCCACCGACUCCGCCAGGGCCUGCUACCACCACAGCUUUGUCUGACUGGCAACCAGAGCAGAUGUAUAAUCCAUUCAGCAUCGUGCCCAUCUACCCAGUACUUUCUGAGCUGCUGGGAGAUGUACGCGACAAAUCCCCGACGCGCAUUCUCUGGCUGCAGAAAAGAGCAGCUGGUAUGGAAGGGAGCGAGGUCAUGGAGCGUAUCAUGGGCCUUUUUGGCCUAGAGGGCUUUAAGAAGCACUGCCUCUCCCUGUACGAGCGUAUUGUUUCGGUACCAGUGCCGCUGCGUCCGAGCGAGGCUGGCAACACCGACAUCUUUAUCGAGGGCAACGAAAGCGCCGGGCAGGACCUUGCUGCAUUGCGUUAUCGUGAGCUGUUGGUGUCACUGCAAGUCAUUCCUCGACCGUCUUUGAUACACUACUUUACCGAAGAACCUGCGUCUUUCGCCACCGCACUGCAGACUGUUAACAAGACUCUGGUGCAGAAUGUCGACAGCCCGUCGAAGAAAAGUAUGGUGCUUGUGUACCACGCAGACACGUCAAGCGAUCAGGCACAGCUUGUCAACACAAUAGAGCAGGCCCCAUGGAAAUCCAACGGACCAGAAAACGAUUGGCACAUCGUCUGGAUCGGCGUCGGAACGUCUUCCAGGGGAGGAAAGUUUGGAAAUCUCCAGUCCACUGUGCCGACAGUCCACGCCGAAGAUCUUACAUUUACAGAGUUGUGUCAUGGCUUGUGUUUUCUCCUUGGUUUUGGAGAUUCCCUCUCCUUACAGGUUGAAGACGGUCCCAGCGGAAAUGUGAUUUCAAAGACAAUCGAACGGAUCAUACGGGGGCACAGAUAUCGAGGAGCAUGGCAGCAGUGGACAACACUCGAGUCGAGCGCCAGGAUGCUUCGCCAGCGGCGUCUUCGCCCGUACUGGACAACGACUGGGGCCAUUACUAUCGCUGCACUUGAGUCUGCCGAUCACUACUAUGGGAGCUGCCACCUUCUGGGCGAAAAGCCAUGGGAAGUCCGGGCACGCGUUAGCGAAUACGAACAGCUGAUGCAAAUGGUUGGUCUCGAUGGCGUCAAAGCAAACGUGACGGCCCUGGUAGAAAGUGAACAACGGAAUCAGCAACAGCGUCUGUACAACAACGAGACACGGUUGUCCCGGUAUCAGAGAGCGGCGCUGCACCGUUGUUUUGUCGGACCGCCCGGAACAGGACGGCGGACAGUGGCCAAACUGUACGCACGCAUCUUGUGGCGGCUCGGACUUGUCGAGGGCAUGGAAACCGUCACACUAUCGCUUGCAUCUCUCAACGGCCUGACACGUCAAGAUAUUGAGCGGCACGUUCACAAUGCUUUCACUGACACAAAAAAUGUCGGAGUCGUCAUUGUCGAGGACAUAUGCAUAAAUGGCCUAGGCUUUGCUGUACAAGAAACGUCCAACAACGCAAAACGUGAGGAUAGUGACGAAGAGGACUCCAACGGAGACGAGCAAGACGAUGGUGGUGAUAUUGACGCCAUCCACGACAAACUCCCCCCUCAAGCAGUACGACACAGGAAUCAUGAGAUCCGGCCCUUCAUCUUUGAUCUUUUGGCCAAACGCGUCAAGACGCUGGAUGUGCAGGACACGGGUCCGGUUCUCGUUCUCGUCGGCCUUGCUACACAAUCUUCAGGCGCGAAUCUUGCUCGCCUCCCGCUCCAAUUGACUGAUUCCAAAAGAGACAUGGACAGCUCUCAUGCAUCGAUAUCUUCGAGCCUGCGACAGCUGUUCCUGCGCACGACGCAAACCAUUUCCCUCAGACCAUAUUCGGUUGGGGAGCUGUCGUUGUUGCUCGAACGGCGUCUCUCAAGACAACACGGCCAACCGUGGCCAAUGUAUAAGGCCGAUUUGCGGGCGAUGCGGAUUGCACGCUUGCGGCCAAGUUUCGACAACAUCUGCUUUGUUGAGCGCGUUGCGCUGCAUGCAAUGAGAUUCGAAGCGUCUCGUGCCAGCACGCUCGACGACAUGCCGUCGGACGAAGGAGACAGCUGGCAUCGACGCUCCGAAUCAAGCUCGUCCACGGUGCCUUCCAACAACGAUGCGAAAAUCGCACAGCGGUCUAGCGGCCGUGUCUCUUCCAGCCCAACAGUCAGAAACUUAUUUGGGCUCGGCCACAUUGUGCACCUAUUUGAGACCAUUGAUACCACGGCUACACAUCUGACGCAGGGCCAGCUGGAAGAUCCACGGCCGCACAUCCCGUAUCUCUUUUUAUUUUCUGGGCCUCCUGGCAGCGGCAAAACGUUGGUGUUGAACAAAAUCCUUGUGCCACUGUACUUUACCCUUGGUUUAGUGGACAAACAGGAGGUCGUGUCCUGCAACACAUCCGAGCUCAUGUACCCCCGAUCCCAAUCGAACAUUGGCAACGGACUUGGCCAUGCCAAGGACAUUAUGCGAGUGUCCGAGGUGCAGGUUAAGCGUAUGAUGGCAUUUGCAUUUGGUAAAGUGCUCCAUAUUCGCGGCCACAAAAACACGGACGACACACGGCACCUCACCGAUGACAAAGGCGAGGACCCAACAGCCUGCCGGGACAAGAUUCUGGCCUACAUCACAGAGCUUUUGGAGGCGGACGGACAUCUGUGGACGCACAACCUCGUUGUUGUCUUCGAAGAGGACAGCGCCACGAGCGAGGCCGUCAGUGCUAGCACCGCCAGCCUGGCAACCGGCCCAUUUACGCAGCUUCGCUUCCCGGCAAUCUCCACCGCCAACGUGAUUUUGAGCAUACUCCAGGAAAAGGUCGCCACUGCGUUUAUUGAACUGCCAGUCCUUUGGAAGCCAAACUUGACCAGCACGGACUCCAACCUAGAUGCGGUGGUAAAGAAGCGGCUAGAGUCAAUGCUCGAGCACAUUGCCCAACGACCGGCCUUCUCCGGGCGGGAACUCGACGUUUUGGCCAAGGACAUUGUGCGGUAUACCUAUAGUCAAUGGAUGCCGCACCCACUACUCGCCGACAAAAGUAAAGAGGGAGACUCGAGCCGCCAGCCUGGCCCAAUAUGGUUGACGGUGUCGCAUCUAAUAGUGAUUCUCAACCAACGGUAUCCCGACCAGCCAUGGAAACAGAGCGAGUUCUGA